AUGAAGCAAGGGCUGCUCGCGGUGCUGCUGGCCGGGCUGGGCCUGGCGUGCUUCGCGCCCCAGGGGCUCGCCGUGGACGUGCACCUCGCCAACGCGGUGCCAGACGACUUCCCCGCGCUGAACGACGCGCUCCUGCUCGCCUCGCUGCAGGAGGACGACGCGGACCUGGACGAGCGGCGCGUCUGGCUGGACGGCGAGGAGUCCGACCGACGCGCGCGUCCGCGGCCCCGCGCCUCCAGGCCCGCCUCCUGCCACCGGCCCUGCGGCCAGGACGGCGACGACGAGCCGAUGAUCUGCUACUUCCGGUGGCGGGUGGAGGCCUACGUCACCAUGGGCAGGGCGUGUGGCGGCUGCCCGCGCAACGUGACGGACUGCACCUUGCCGCAGUGCGUGACCGCGGACGGCUACGAGAAGGGCGUGCUCACCGUCAACAGGAAGAUCCCCGGGCCGUCCAUUCACGUGUGCCGCGGCGACAUCGUGGUGGUGGACGUGAAGAACAUGAUGCCGGGCCGCUCCACCACCAUCCACUGGCACGGCAUGCGGCAGCGCGCCUCGCCGCACAUGGACGGCGUGCCCAUGCUCACGCAGUGCCCCAUCCCCGAGAACGGCAUCUUCCGCUACCGCUUCCGCGCCGAGGAGGUCGGCACGCACUUCUGGCACUCGCACGACGGCAUGCAGAAGAUGGACGGCAUCGUGGGCGCCAUGGUGGUGCGCGGGCCCCGCGACGAGGAGCCGUACGGCCACCUCUACGACUACGACCUGCGCUCGCACACCAUCCUGGUCACGGACUGGUUCCACACGGACGCGGACCAGCGCUUCCCGGGGCUGCAGCGACGCGAGAGCGGCCAGCUACCCGACUCGUACCUCAUCAACGGCCGCGGCAGCUACAGGCUGACGGUGGACUCGGAGGCGCCCUACGCCGUGUUCCGGGUGUCCCGGGGCCGCCGCUACCGCCUGCGCCUCAUCGGCGGCACGUGCGCGUCGUGCGCCUACUCCAUCACCGUGGAGGGCCACCGCCUCAAGCUCAUCGCCGUGGACGUGACGCCCGUGCGCGCCGUCGAGGUGGACACCCUCACCAUGUCACCCGGAGAACGGUACGACGUGAUCCUGGACGCGGACCAGCCCGUGGCGGCCUACUGGAUCCACGUGCGGGGCCUGGGGGCGUGCGCCCUGCUCGGCGCGCACCAGGUCGCCGUGCUGCGCUACUCGGAGGCGGGCGCGUCGCUGCCGACCUCGCGCCACCCGGGCCGAAUCGGCCUCCCCCUCGGCGUCGUGGUGGGCCCUGAGAACUCCAUCUGCGCGACGGAUAACCCUUCCGAAGUGUGCGUGCACCACCUCGAGUCGCUGCGGCCCGCGCCGCCCGCCGUCCUGGACCGCGACGUCAGCGUCCGCCUGCCGAUGGAGUUCAGCUUCCGGUUUUACAGUGACGAGGAGCUCUUCCGCUCCGACACCUUCCACCGCUUUUUCAUCCCGCCCCUGUUCCCGCCGGCCUCGGCCAGGGUGAACAACAUCAGCAACGUGCUGGGGCCGUCGCCUCUGCUGUCCCAGCUGGACAGCGUCCCGGAGCACCUGUUCUGCUCGCGGCAGAUGCUGGCCUCGUGCCAGCCGCGCGGCACCUGCGAGUGCCUGCAUCUCGUCAAGAUCCCCCUCGGCGAGGUGGUCGAGUUCGUCAUCGCGGACGCCGGCCGCAUCCGCAACGGACUCUCGCACCCGUUCCACGUGCACGGCAACUACUUCCGCAUCCUGGCCCUGGGGCUGUUCGCGCCCGGGCAGACCGUCGCCGACGUCACCCGGCUCCUGGACGCCGGCGAGAUCCCCUUCAGCCUGAGGCCCGUCGAGAAGGACACCAUCGCCGUGCCGUCCGGCGGGUACGCCGUGGUCAGGAUGGUCGCCGACAACCCAGGGUACUGGAUGUUCCACUGCCACUUCCUGUACCACUUGGUCGCGGGCAUGAGCGUGGUCCUGCAGGUGGGCGAACCAGACGACAUGGUUCCGACUCCGAGGGGCUUUACGACGUGUGGGGACUUCUUCUAGCUGUCGUGUCUUUUCGGUGCUAUUUCUUUAUGCUAGUCGCUUUUCUUGUCUUGUAAUACCAUUUCAAUGUAUUUAUUAAUUUCAAAAAUAAAUUAUUGACUUUUUUAAAA